AGAAGGCCAAGGGCAAAAAUAUGUACAUAAUGUUUGAAAUUAUUCAAACACAUUAUACCAAAAUGUACAUCUAAUUUCGAAAAAUCAAUAAAAUUCUAUUUAUCUUAUAUUUUUAUAUUUCCUAUUCUUAAACCAUUAGUAUAAUUAAAGACAUUGAACACAAUCCUAGAUCACUAUAAUGAAUUUUACCAUGCCCUGAAUAGGAUGUUACGCUCAAUUCAGUAAGCGAGCCAUUCAUUCUUGAUCACGCUACGAGCCACGAGAUUUCGUCUGCUCCAUUAUUAUCAAUUACAUAAAUCGAUUCCUCGAAAUGUGUUUUUGCACGCGCCACAUAUAGAUAACAAGAGUUAUCAACAUCGACUCGUCGAUGAAGAACGAUGCAAAUGAAAUAAAGUUGCAUGACAAGAAAUUAAACUUCAAUAAUUAAAAAUAUGUUAAAAAGGUAUUAUUAAUAACAAAAUAUUAUAUUAAUUUAAAUUUAAAUUUUUCAAGAGAAAUAUUCAACAUUCUUUAUGAUGUCUACAUCUACAACAUUCUAAUGAUAUCAUUGAAAAAAAAGAUUGUCAAGGUAAACUUCACUCUUCAAAGAAUUCCACAGGAAAAAUUCUAAUCCAUUAAAUGUGAAAUCACAUGAUGUUGGUAAUCUCCUUCAACGUCCUGGAGACUUUUAUCAUCUUGAAUAUUACAAUUAUAAUACCAUAAUUCAUCGCCUGAUGAAUGAGUUUCCUGUCAGUUUACCAGAAUAGCAGUUAGUUUCAUCAGGCGGCCAAAGCAUCGACAGUAGUAAAGUCACGCAUUUACGUUGCAAUUAGAUAAGGAUUUCUUGUAACGAAUGCGAUGUCUUGAAUGCGAUGAUUCUGAUGCGGUGAAAAAGUGAGGACGAAAAGUCUGAGGAAUCUGGUCCUGCAGAUUUCGAGCGAGCAAUAAUUAAUUCUGGUUAUGGAAGGUUCAAUUAUCUGUUACUAUUGGCCGUGUUGCCAGCCAGUUUCUCCAGCAUCUUCUCCUCCUCGGCCAUAUCGUACGUGUUGCCGUCAGCUGAGUGCGAUCUGGGCCUCACCAUGUUCGACAAGGGCCUACUCAACUCGAUGACGUUCGCAGGUAUGAUAUGCACCUCGUUCUUCUGGGGAUUCAUGACUGACACAUUUGGCCGUAAGAAGAUAAUGUUUUACGGUUACAUGUUCACCGGUAUCAUGAGCCUCGUGACAUGUUUCUCACAUACCGCAUGGCUUUUAAUCCUGUUCAAGUUUUUCGACGGAGUAAUCAUUUCCGGCCCAUACGCAGCGUUGAUGUCCUAUUUGGCGGAAGUACAUAACGAUGCUCAACGAUCUCGAACAUAUAUGUGGUUAGGAGUGUUUUUCUCACUUGGAAAUAUUUCUCUGCCGUGUAUCGCAUGGUUGAUCAUACCGCAGAAAUGGAUUAUUAAUCUAGGAAGCGGGGAUAUAGAGAUCAAUUCAUGGCGUGUGUUUUUAGCGAUUUGCUCGUUGCCAGAAUUUCUUGCCUGCAUGGCCAUCUUCGCGUUCCCCGAAAGCCCUCGUUUUCUUUUAUUGAAAGGCAAAACAGAUGAGGCUCUCGAGGUUUUUAAAAAGAUAUAUUCAGUGAACACCGGCAAGGAUCCAAGCACAUAUCCAAUAAAAGAUCUUGAGGAAGAGUAUUCCGUUGAAUGUUCGAGUGACGAUAUAAGGGACAAGUUGCGAGCCUGCUGGCAACAGAUCAAACCCCUCUUUCUGCCACCAAACAUCUUCAAACUUAUCGUGAUAAGUUUAAUUCAAUUGGGCGCCACGAUAGGGUCAAACUCGAUUAGAUUAUGGAUGCCACAAUUGUUUACUAUGAUGGAACAUUUCAAAAGUGAUUACACGACACAGGAAUAUUCGAGCUCUCAGCCACGUUUCUGUUAUAUGUUAGGCCAACGGCAAUCGAAUUAUAGUUCCUCGUUAAGUUUCGUAAAUGAAACUUUAAACGUUGCUCACACAUGCAUACCGGCGGAAUUAAAUUCAAAAGUGUUCAUUAAUUCUAUCGUGAUUGCGACUACCGGUGUCAUUGGAUACACUUUGGCAGGAUCAUUGAUUACUGUAAUAGGAAAGAAGAAGCUUAUAGCAAGUUGUUUCAUGGUAGCAGCCAGUUGCUGCACGUCACUCUAUUGGGCUGAAAACAGCAAUAGUAUACUCGGCUUGUGCUCUGUAUUCGUAGCUAUGUCGAGUAUAGGUGGUGCUUGCGUCGUAAACAUUGUUGCUGAUAAUUUUCCUACGUGUUUAAGAACUAUGGCAAUUAGUUUCUCCAUGAUGAUCGGCAGAAUAGGAGCUGUUACAGGCAAUUUAUUAUUCCCGGUGUUAUUCAACUUAACUUGUCUGGGUCCUUUCUUUAUGAUUGCCUCUGUUUCCCUAGUAUCGGCAUUGUUGGUAACUAUUCUUCCCAAGAAGCAUUCGCAAAAGAAUAAAUCAAAGCAGAUUGCUUGACGACAAUACGAAUGGAUAAAAUAUAAUCAGCUAAUAAUAGCUGAAAAUACGGUUUGUAAAUAUAUAUAUCUUGUCCUUGAUUGAAUGUAUAAUUUCAAUGCAUGAUUUUUCAUCAUGUAAAUAUGUAAAUACAUUACUAUUACAUUCAUGUAGCAUAAGAUAUCUUCAUCAUAUUAUAAGUGUAAUUCAAAUAAUUUGCAAAUCGAAUGCAUGAUCUAAGUGAGAUUUUUAAAAUAAGUCUCGUGGUUGUAUAGCAUGAAAUAAUUUUAAAAUAAUUCUCGUCAUUUUUAACGAUUUGUCAGUCUGUGAAUUAGAUUAUAAUUGCAAUGUUUUUCUAAAACAAUUUAAUUAAAGGAAACAUUAUUGUUAU